AUGCCCACAGCAAUCCGAGCAGGCGUGUAUGGUGGAGAGGAAGUAGGAGUGGGCACAGAUGGUGCAGGGGGUAGCGUAGGGGAGCCAAACCCAGGUAGGGGGUCAAACCAACCCACACCUGGAGGAGUUUCCAUACUAGCCUCAGCAAUGCGUCUCGAAAUAGACAAGAGUAUAUGCCAAGGCAAUUAUAUCUUGGUUAGUAGAUUUGUGUCCAAAUUGGAACAAACAGCACCUGUGCCUAUACCGACUCUACACAAGAUGAGGGUAGGCAUUCAUGACCAACAGCCAGAACGACGCAUGCCACUCGUGGAUGCGGAACUCAGACGACGAUACAACCAAUCUAUGAAUGUUUGCGGUGACGAUGAAGAAGAUGAUCUCAUUUAA